AUGUCAGGUGGCGGUGUCAUCGUGGCUCUGAACGGGGCCCUGCAAAAGCGUUUUGUGUUGCCAAGCGAAUCUCCCUUGGUGCCGGGCAAUGUGCAUCGCAUCAGUGAAGUUCAAGUUGGAAUUGGAGGCAAAGGGCAAGAUGUUGCGAUAGCCUUGUCAUGCCUCAGUUAUUCGAAAGAAAAGCUGAAGAUUGCUCAAUUCCUGGGGUUGGGUAAUGAGGGUGAUCUUGUGCAUGAAAUGCUGGAGGAUCGAGUCGGACAGGAAGCAAUGACCAUGACUGUGAGAACCGAAAGCAAGCUGAGAACGUGCACAUCUGUGGUUGCAUCAGACACAACCACCGAGCUCAUUGAACCCAGUGGAGCGAUUAAAGCUGAUGAAAUGAAAGAGUUGCUCUCCAAAAUUGAAAAAUUGGAAGGAAACUCGGCAGCAGCCAUUUGCAUAAUGGGGAGCAUGCCACCAGGCUGUGACGAUUCAACCUAUGCCAAUAUAUAUUCCAGAUGCGCCAACCCCAAUACUCUUUGCGUGAUUGACUCUGUGGCAGGAUUGGAACCAUUGAUCAAGGCAAUAGCUGAAAAAGACAAGCAAGGGCCGACAAUUUUCAAAGUGAAUGCUUCUGAAUUAUGCAAGUUGGCUGGAGUCAAGAAAAGCAACAAUGAAGUGGAUGGCAUCCAACAGGACGAACUCGUCGCUGCGGUUUCUGGGUUUCUGAAGAAAUAUGAGCCUCACGCCAUCGAGGCACUAUCAGCCAUUGCCAUUACCGACGGCAAGCACCCCGCCCAUAUGGCUAUAAUGAAAGGAAAGGAAAGUUUUGGACUCUAUCAACUCCCGGUCAAUGCCCUGCCCGAAGGGAAGACUCUCUUUCCCAUCGGUGCCGGUGAUGCAGUGGCUGCUGGAACAAUGGCUGCCUGGCAAUGUUUGUUGGAAAGUGACGCCGAGGAAAGUUGUUUGCAAACAGAUGUCAAAUCCAUGUUGGUAGAAUUCAAGAAGAACAUUGAGGCAGAGCAAUCCACAGAUGUGCCUACCAUGCUGUCGUCCUUUGGUUUUGGACUCGCAUGCGGAUCUGCAUCUUGUCUGCAAGAAGAAAACUCCGUUCUCGACAAAACAGACGUGCAAAGUCUCUUCCAAAAAGGAAAACCCGCAUUUCUAUCGAGCCAUUCUCUGCAAGGUGUGGUCGCAUAG